ACAGAUUCGGUUCGUGACCGUGAAGACUACCUCAAGCAGUCUGAGAGACUCUUCAUCCUACAACCAUUUACAGUUGGAGCUCUCAAGAACAUGCGCAAUUACGAAGGUCAGACACCAGCUGGAGACCGCAAAACAGACGUACUCGCAAGAGCAGUCCAACUGGUCAAGACAAAGACUGAGAUAGUCGACUUCAUUCUUGCAGCUUGCCCAUACAAGUAA